UUUCUAGCGAACCCGUGAAAGCACCGCCAUCAUCCGAGCCGGGGUUGAAAGACGUCACAGUGUGUUAGUGUGUCAUUUUCGACGAAUAAACCACCGUUCGCCGAAACGCCUCGUUUUUCCUCUCCAGCUUGGAUAAUGUGUGACAACAACAGUUAGUCAUCAAGUCAUUUUUUUUGUCUUCGGGACGAGAAUGGCGUUUCACACGGGUACGAGCGCAUCAGUGGUACUGUCGACGACAACGACUGCCGUUGUGUUGGCGAUGCUAGCCGUUGUCCUUUGCUCCACUCCUGUUGGAGCCAAUGAGGACUGCCUGUGGUACGUGGAUAAGAACGGCACGUGGCACAACGGCUUCGACUGCCCACUCAUCACCUUCUGCUGCGGAAACUGUCAUCGCCGCUACUGUUGCCUGGACGCCUUCAAGAUGAUUACAGAGCGCGAACAGAAGCGCUGCAUGCUCUUCCAGUUCAGUCCGACUACAUUAGCUGGCAUCGCCUCAUCCAUCCUGCUCUUCGUGGCCAUCAUCGCCACCAUGGUAUGCUGCUUCAUGUGUUCCUGCUGUUAUCUCUACCAGAGAAGGCUGCAGCGGGGCAGGACUCCUUAUGACACCCAGCAGAUCCCAAUGGCGAGCUACCCCGUUGAGCCACUCUACGACGCCUACGGAAAACCACUCGGGCCGUCCGAGUAUCCGCAUGCGGGCUUUGCUAUGGCGCCCCAGUACCCGGGCAUGCCUUCGCAGUACCCCGUGAUGCAGCCUGGACAUUAUCCUCCUCCCCAUAUGGAUCCUGCAUACAGCCAAGCUCCUCCACCGUACUCUCCUCCGCAGUAUCCUGGUCACUGAUCACGUAAACACACACACACACACACACACACACACACGCACACACACACACACACACACACAUUUAUUGAAAGUGGUCAGUGACAGCGAAGGGAGAAAGGGGACUGUUGAAAAAAAAGAAAAGACAUCUCGCACACACCUCAACAAAAAAUGCUUUAGUGUUCAUUCAGCAUAAAGAUAAAAAUUCUAUAAUAUAUUAGUUUUUUGAAGUCUAACAACAUUUCCACUUGUGUCCUCCCUUUUGCAAAUUGAGUGUGAUUGCACAGUGUGUGGUCAGCCGUUGAAAAGACUCUUUCUUUGACCCAAGCUGCAGUAAAUCUGACUAGAAAGUGGCCUCGUUAACCCGCUGCGCUUUGACUUUCCUAUUGUUAAAUGGUUUUGGUGAACCAAAGUCGCCCAGAAGAUGGGAAAGUGCAUCCAAAUAUUUGACAGGUUGAAAUGUUUGGAUGAGUUGUACACCGCUACUGGGAUCACAGGGUAUGUACGUUGUGACGUUCCAUCGUUUGGUUGUUUUUGGUUUUUUUUUUUUCGUUCUAUUAUCCUUUCCCCAAAUACAUUUUGACGCUUGCUGUCAAGUAGUGUAAAUGUGACAUGAAGCAACACACUAGCUCAUCUCUGUGACUGAUCCACAAAUAUGAUUUCAUGAUGUCUGUCAUUUAAGAGUAAUGGCUUUGGUACAAAGCAGUUUUCAAGUGCCAUGCUGAAAAGAAAAAUUUAGGAAAAAAAAGUUUUUUUCAUGAGAACUAAGUCUUAAUAUUAUGCGAAACGUUUUAAAAAAAGAACAAGACAAAUGUUGGUGGAAGUGAAAGUCAGGGAGGGAUGAAGUCAGAAAUUUUACUAGAAAUCAGAAGUUAAUUUUUUUGUUUAUAAAGAUGUCAAAAGAGCAAAGAUGUAGUUAUAAUAGAAUACCAUAAAUAUGUAAUA